AUGGCCGGAAAGCUUCUCCUCUCAUGGGGCAUAACCAUGGUGCCACGUGUCAACGUGCUGGUCUCGUUGAUCUGCCAGCAAAUGGUGGACAACGGCACUUUGGGGAGCACACCUAUGCCACAACACGAAAUGGACAUGGGCACCGGAUCAGGAAAUCAGCCCGGCUCCGACUAUUCUUCCGGCUCUCACAACAGCUCAUCCCCCGACUCCAAUAUCUGCUCCGCUCCCCAAGUCCUUGCCGGUGUCGCCUUCCUCUCCACUUACCGCGACCUCAUCACCGGCAUCCUUGGGGCUGUCAUGAGCUUUUAUCUUGGUAAGCUCAGCGACCGCAUUGGCCGUGUGAAGGUCAUGGCUCUCAACGGCCACGGACUUCUCGCCGGCGAGCUCGUCUUCUUUCUGGUUGUUGCUUUUCCGCGCACUAUCGACUACCACUGGCUCUUCCUGUCUUUUGCCGUCGACGGCUUGUCAGGCUCCUUUCCGCUUCUCAUGGCCAGCACGGCUUCGUACGUGGCCGAUACAACGACAGAUAACGACCGCAUCGUCGCCAUGGGCUGGCUGCAGAGCGGCAUGUUUCUCGGCAUGGCCUUGGGCCCAGCCAUCGGCACGGCUCUGAGCCAACUAACGCCCGACCGACCGGCUGCUGUCUUUCUGUGGGCCAUCAUUUGCCACAUUGUCGGGCUGUUGUGUCUGCUGUUGUUGCCUGAGUCGCGGAAGGAUGUGCAUGACGUUCAGAUGGCGCCGAUCAAUCCCGAGUUUGACGAGCUAGACCACAGCACACACAAACAUCACGACCAUCAUCACCACAUGUAUCUGAACCACGCCCGAGGUCACAACCAUGGUCACCUUGCCCCCUCUCCCGGACAAUCGCUCGGUUCUUUUCUCCGGUCUACGCUUUCGCUGGCCGCUGUCGAUUCCCUCUUCGAUUCCAGCUCUGACCACGCUACCGUCCGCCGACACCGCCGCAACCUCUUUCUCCUACUUGCUGUCACGUCCAUCAUGUUUGGCUGCUCCGUCGGCAGUAUGGACGUGCUGAUGAUCUACCCACAGGCGCAGUUUCAGUGGAGCAUGAUGACGACAGGCAACUUUAUCUCGAUUGUCAAUAUUUUCCGGACUGUGUCAUCGACGCUAUUUCUACAGUUAUUGAUGAAAUUCCUUACCAGCAGAUUCCGGAGCGCUUUCGCCAAAAAGGCCAGCCUCAACUCUCAGGUUAGUCCACCAGACUCUCAACUAGCAGAGGCUGCCCAGGCUACCCAGCUCCCCCUUCUUCGGCUGGCCCUGUUCUCUGAUCUGCUGGGCUUCAUUGGCUUUGGUUUGGCGCCCUCAGGUUUUUUGUUCACGGCCGCUGGCGUGUUAUCAUCGCUCAGUGCAUUGAGCGUGUCAGCCACCCAGGCAGCCAUGACCAUAUUGGUGUUGCCGGAGCAUGUCGGAAAGCUGAUGGGGCACGGUUGGGUCAGUGCAGGCGCUGACUCGGCUGGUAGCACCGCCGGCUGUGAACCUGGUGUACGGAUGGACCGUGUCGAUGUUGCCGCAGGCUGUAUUCUUCGGCUUGGCGGCAGCCACUGGAGCUGGAGUGGUGAUGACCUAAUUUCUUGA